UUGCUAUCCACCAGGAGAAUCUCCCUUAAGCCAUUCGUUUUGGAGGGCGGGUUCCGGGAUCAACACCGAAGGGCCGCGGCGUGCGGAGCAUGGCCGAUUGAACCAACGCGGGACGGGGGAGCGGGUGGAUGGUCCAUCGGCCUGUCCGACGGUACAUGCGCAUGUCCGCUUGGGGAGGAUGGACAGAAGCUCAAAUUCGCUCACCUCGCCCGUCGGAAAGGUGGAGGCUUUUUUGUUUUGACAGGCGGGGAGACGGGAAAAAUUGGCAAUGGCCGUUAUUCGGUUGGAAGGCCCUUGGAAGUUGGGUCUGUGUGUAUAUUUAUAAUGCUUCCUGCGGAGCUCUGGAUAGCCCUUGGCUUCUGCAUUGCGGACACGGCGGUACUGCCCCGGGCCUUGAAUGCAAACGUCUCCCCCACCAAAUUCCGGACUGUCGAGACUCCUGCGCUCCCUUCUUCGCCGGCGGCCUUGGUUUCCCUCCAUCCAGCAGGGAAUUGGCUCGUUCAGGAGCCGGCCUCAACGGCAGUAAGGGGAUGUCUAACCUGCCAGCCGCAGCUCGAGGCAGCCUCCCGCGCUGGCUGGCAAUGCGCCGUCCGUCCAUAAUCCGUAGACCGCUAGGAGCAUGCUUUUAAUUGCGGCAUGCGAUUCGAUCCGCCAUCAGAUACCCUGCCUCACCUCAUCCCCUUCACCAACCUCUUGACCAGCCUCCUCUGCUCCUCCAUCCCCAACGCGCCCCGAUCCGUCUCCUGCAGCGCCCUCCCCACAAUCACCACCGUCCGCGCACUCUCACUGCCUACCCACACCUUCCCGUUCCUGCCAACCGCCGUCUCAAAGGCC